CCCUGUGUGGCUUAGAAGCAGGUGAGAGUCUCUAUUGCCCUUCCAAAGUCCCUCUACCAGGGAAAACACUUUGGCCAGGCAGGUCAAAACGGGCUGCUUGACUGCUGCUGUCCUUGGAACUCCCUGCCAAGGGAAAUUCAGCCAGUUCCUCACCUUUUAUCCUUCCACUAGCAUGCAUCGUAUUUUUAUUCAGAGAGAGAUUUUUGAUUAUUCCUUGGCUGUCCAGAAAUUCUCCUUGACGCUUCAGUCCUUUCAGUUUGAUUUCAUUGGGGACACUCUGACGGACGAUGAAAUCAACAUUGCUGAAUCCUUUAAGGAAUUUGCUGAGCUGCUCCAAGAGGUGGAACUUGAGAGGUCCAUGAUGGUGCAAAAUGCCAGUAAUUUGUUGAUCAAACCUCUGGAAAAAUUCCGUAAGGAGCAAAUUGGAUUCACCAAAGAGAGGAAGAAGAAAUUUGAGAAGGAUGGUGAGAAGUUUUACUCCAUGUUGGAUCGCCACUUGAAUUUAUCUUCAAAGAAAAAGGAAUCUCAACUGCAAGAGGCAGAUUUGCAGGUUGAUAAGGAGCGGCACAUUUUUUUUGAAUCUUCCCUGGAAUAUGUGUAUCAAAUCCAAGAAGUACAGGAGAGCAAGAAAUUCAGUAUUGUAGAGCCUGUGUUGGCUUUUCUUCACAGCCUCUUCACUUACAACAACCUGACUGUGGAGCUCACACAGGAUUUCCUUCCGUACAAGCAACAGCUUCAGCUCAGUUUGCAAAAUACGAGGAAUCAUUUCUCCAGUACUCGUGAAGAGUUGGAAGACCUCAAGAAAAGAAUGAAAGAAGCGCCACUGACCUGCAAGUUACCUGGCAAGCCAACCAUUGAGGGAUACCUCUAUUCACAAGAAAAAUGGGCACUGGGAAUCUCCUGGGUCAAAUACUACUGCCAGUAUGAAAAGGAAACAAAGAUGUUAAGAAUGACACCCAUGGAGCAGAAACCAGGAGCGAAACAAGCUACCACUGUACAUUUGAUCCUGAAGUCCUGCGUGCGAAGGAAGACUGACUCUAUAGACAAAAGGUUUUGUUUUGACAUUGAGACAGUGGAAAGAUCUGGUCCCAUCACUUUACAAGCUCCCUCUGAAGCCAACCGACGGCUCUGGAUGGAGGCCAUGGAUGGGAAAGAGCCGAUCUACCACAGUCCCAUCACCAAGCAGGAAGAAAUGGAACUGAAUGAGAUUGGCUUCAGAUUUGUCCGGAAGUGCAUCAAUGCAGUAGAGACGAAUGGAAUCACAACUGAAGGGGUCUAUCGAACCGUUGGGAGCAAUAUUCAAGUCCAGAAGCUCUUGAAUGCCUUCUUUGAUCCUAAGUGUCCUGGGGAUGUGGAUUUCCAAAACAGCGACUGGGACAUCAAGACUAUUACCAGCUCCUUGAAGUUCUACCUGAGGAACCUCUCUGAACCCGUCAUGACAUACAAACUUCACAAAGAAUUGGUCUCGGCUGCCAAAUCUGAAAACCUGGAUUAUAGGCUGGGAGCGAUUCAUUCCCUGAUUUAUAAACUCCCUGACAAGAACCGAGAAAUGUCCGAACUCCUCAUCAGACAUCUGGUCCAUGUGUGUGAACACAGCAAGGAGAAUCUCAUGUCUCCAUCCAACAUGGGAGUGAUCUUCGGCCCCACCCUCAUGCGUGCGCAAGAGGACACGGUUGCAGCAAUGAUGAAUAUUAAAUUCCAGAACAUUGUGGUGGAGAUUCUCAUUGAGCACUUUAACAAGAUCUAUUCUGGGCCUCCUGAAGACAAUGCUGCGCCUCCUGUACCACCUCCACGGGUGGCCACUCGAAGACAUAAGCCCAUCACCAUUUCCAAGCGUCCUCUGAGAGAGAGACCCAUCUUCUUCGGAGGUUCUGUGGAAGAAAGUGAAGAAGAGGACAGCUGUGCUCUGACUCCCAAUGGCGUAAUUGUUGCCCCUGGCCCUGAUGCUCCUAAGCCACUCCAGCGUAGCAGACUGCAGAGACCGGGAGAACUUGACCCAGGAAGGCCCAGCUCAGAAAACUGUGGGACAGCGGAGCCAUGUGUAGAGGUGGAUGUCGGGAAGCUGGUAUCCAGGCUCCAGGAGGGAGGAGCAAGAACUUCCAGCAAACCCACAAGCAGCGCCAUGCUGACUCCAAAUUCUCUGAAGGCCGCCAGCCUGCACACCAAGAGACCUGCUCCAAGACCUGGGGCAGGCUGCAAAGAAGGUGAAUAUGAGAGCUUCACGAAAGUGCGGCUGCCUGGAGAGAAACCGGUCAUCACGCGUCCUCCGAUGCGACCCCCAGAUCCCCCCUGCAAGGCUCCUGUACCACAGAAGGUGGAGCCGAAGGCGGACCUGGUGGUGGGAACGGCAGCAGAAGUCCCCUCCUCAGUAGUGGCCUCCAGGGCAAAGUUCUUCGAGACGGCUUCCUUCAGGAGAGGCAGUUCUUCCUGCCCCCAGGGCAGAUUCCCAAACGAGGAGGGAUGAAAGGCUCCAGACUUCUGCAUGGCUGAGCCUGGAUCGCCCGAAGAUGGAUUUGCAACACAUGGUGUGUGCUCUGUAAACCAGCUCAUAUCUCCAACCCUGUCUUCGAGCAUGCCAUUGUGAACAUUUUGCAUUGCUGCAAGAGAAGCAGACACUUCCUUGCGGGGACAAUAGUUCCACCUUGCUGCUAAGUGUUCAAAAAGGCAGAAGCAGCAGUCAGGCCUUUUGCUCCUCCUUCUCCAUCACUCCACGCUUCUCUCACUCCCUGUCUCCAGAAAGUGCUGCUUGCUUUCCCCUUAAGCGUUGGGUAGCAGUUGACUUGGAAUGGCCGAAGAGAGACACGUCCUUGGUUCUGGAGGUGGGGCAGAGCCACUGUGACCAGCCUCUUACAAGGUCCUUCCCGACUUAGCAAAGAGUUGCUACCUGGACUUAGGGACUGUGGACCCUUGCUCUGCCUCAAAAGGUUUCUUACUGUGGGUGGCUUCAGAUGUGUCACAUUAAGUUCUCUUUUUUUUUCAAGGACUGAGAUGUGUCUGUGCACGUAUGUGUUUGGGAUGGGGUGGGGUGGGAGGCGUUGGGUAUUACUCAUAAAAGGCUGAAAACAUUCCUGAUUGGAGAGGUGGCUCAGUCUGUAAGCCCUCCAUACGUCUUACUGGGUCUGCUUGCACAACCAGCAGGCGUUCCAGAGAGUGAAUGGUAGGAGGAGAAUGUUGGUUCCUGUCUCACAUCUUCAAAAAUUGAAGAUUUUUGAAGCCAGGGUGCUCCAUCCCAAAGAGAAUGGCCUUGAAAAUUGAAGACGAAGUCAAUUGCACACCUCUGUGAGGAUAAUUUCCCUAAUGUCCAAAGCAGCUUCAAGACAUUCCAGAUUGUUUUGCCUUUUGUUAGACCACAUUCCACUUUUCCACCUUGCCUUAUUUUCUUCCCAAAGGGCCAUUUCCAGCUAGCAGCAGAAUGAGACGAAACACUGCAUUCAGAUCUGCUUUUAUUUGACCUGCAGCCAAAGGAAGAAAGAGAUGCUGUGGAUGCCAAGAACUGUCUUGUAGUUGUGCCUGCACCUAUACGGCCUCUCUGCCUCAGAUGUCUGGGGGAGAUGGCAUAGGACCUUUUAGCAUCUCACCUGAGAUGCUCUUUCUCCAAGCUCCAGUUUGGAUCUUUGCAUAGCCUUUGGACAGCACCCUCUCUAGGGUUUCCCAUUCCAUGGACCAGUAGUUGGUUCUUUACUGAGAACCUGGAUAAAGCACUUACUUGGAUACUUUUGCAUCAGAGGAUUGGGUUCACCUUGUCAGAGUGUCUCUGGGGACCAAGGUAGGAAGCAUCCAGUUAGUACGUUUUAGUCAUGCUUUGCAGAUACAACAAAUGAAGUUGUGACAUUUUUGGAGUGGCCCUGGGUUGCUAGAGAUCGGGCCCGUUCUGUUUUCUUUUCAGAAAUAAAGUUGACAUUUGUACCAUACCCACCACACUAGCAGACAUAAAUAAUUAUUUCUGCAGAAGUCAGCAGGGAACACCGUGUUGAUAUGUACCCAAGCCUUGCAGACGUGAAGGAAGUGAUGUAUGUGCUUCAUUCCUGUUUUUGUUACCAGUGUGCUAUCAGACAUCUACUUGAACUCUCCGAAGUUGCUGAUCAAAUUGAGAAGGUUGUCCAUCCUGUGAAGUCCAAGUUUUUAACAGCCAAUAUAAGUUAGCUAGAAUAACCGAAGAUUGAUCUACUGAUACGAGAAAGCCAGCAUGUCUCUGGCAGAGUGUUGUCAGUCCAAUCUAGAAGCCAUAGAUCAAAGCUCCCUGCUUAUUGAGUAGUGUGUGCUCAGGAGGUUGCAGUGACCUCCAGUAAGUCAAGGCAUCAGGCUAACGUCACAGGUCGAUCCACAUUUCCAAGUAAUCCGUUAAUGGAUUAUGCUGAUACCAUUAAUUUCUGCUGUGGGAGAUGACUGGGGAAAAACGCUGAAGAUGUGAUUGAUCCCAGAGAGUAGAAGCUGGGACGUGAAAGGUAGUUCUGCAUUGCGGCUUUUGAAAGCUAACUUUCACAGUUUCUUUCUGCACAAAGGGGGGCACUGAGCUCCCAAAUGACUCUGUGAUGUGAAAUUGGUACAUCUUUCCUCAAACUUGCUUUUGUCAUAAGCUAAAGAUGUCCAGCAAUUCAGCUCUCUGUUUUGUGAAUCUAAAUGCACGUAAAGUAACUUCCAUCUGGUAUAUUUUUGUCUGGUAAAAAAGUAGAUUAGUUGCAAUAAUGUUUAUAAAGUUUCCAUGGAUUAAAAAAUACACCUGAUUACCCUUGUCUGCAC